CAGACAAAGGACAAGAAAAAGUCACCGUCGCAAUCUUGUGUUAUUAAGUAGGGUGCAGCAGCAGCAACAGCAAACAGCAGCUUGGCAGCUCGUUCGGAAAAAUAUCACAUUCGUUCCAGUUCACGCUUGUGAAAAUAGUAAUAAUUAACACUUGAAUACCUUCUUGUGUGGUAUUCAAUUUCGCAAAUGGUUUAGGAGUUAGUGAAUGCGUUUGUUUGACCUAUUAAGUUGCUACGAAAAAGUCAUCUGCGAAAGUAAAAAAAAGACCUCUCGAAGAAACACAGCGGGGAAGGAAAGAAAGUUUGCGUCAAUCGCUCGCGUUUGCACUUUGUCGGGUUACUACCGAAAAGCAGUCACACAGGAUGACCUAUCGGGAGGCAUCGCACGCCGGAAGUUGGUACACGGAUUCAGGUUCGGAGUUAAAUCGACAACUGUCCAAAUGGUUGGAUGACGCCGAUCUUACCUUUGGACCGGCCCGCGCAAUUAUCGCACCACACGCGGGAUAUCGCUACUGUGGUGCCUGUGGAGCUUGGGCUUACCGACAGAUCAGUCCGGCCGUGGUAAAGCGUGUUUUCAUCCUGGGACCAUCUCACCAUGUGCGACUGUCACGCUGUGCCCUCUCGGCGGCCCAAUACUGCCGUACGCCACUGUACGACCUUAAGGUGGAUCAGCAGGUCAAUGCUGAGCUGGAAGCGACGGGCCACUUCAAGUGGAUGGACCAGAAGACGGACGAGGAUGAGCAUAGCAUCGAAAUGCACCUUCCCUAUGUUGCCAAAGUGAUGGAAGACUUCCGUGAUCAGUUCACAAUAGUGCCAAUCAUGGUCGGUUCGAUCAGCAACGAGUGGGAGGAAACGUACGGCAAAAUAUUGGCCCCCUACCUGGCCGACCCGCAGAAUCUCUUUGUGAUCUCGUCCGAUUUUUGCCACUGGGGAGCCCGCUUCCGGUACACCUACUACGAGGAAUCACACGGACCGAUCUACAAGUGGAUCGAAACGCUCGACAAGAUGGGCAUGGAUCUGAUCGAGACGCUCAAGCCGGAAAGCUUCGGCGAGUAUUUGCGCAAGUACAACAACACAAUCUGCGGACGCCAUCCGAUCGGUGUGCUGCUUCAGUCCAUUGAGGAGCUGAAGCGACGCGGCUAUCGGAUGAGUCUCAAAUUUCUCAAGUACGACCAAAGCAAUCAGUGCUGUGAUAGGAAAGAUUCCAGCGUAAGCUAUGCCUCAGGUUCUUUGAUUUUCGAGUGAAUACAAAGAUUGCAAAGACAAGCACUGAUCGGGUAAGAAGAGACAUAUUUAGCUAGAGAGAGAGAACUCAACGAGGCACUGAAAAUGAAAACACGGCAAAGAGAUACACGGUUCGAGAGAUUUUUGAUAUAUUUAUAUUUUUCGCCCUCACUUAAUAUCAUCCCUAUUGUUUACUUAUGAUCGAACAACCAACAAAUUAUAUUGAUAGAGCAUGUUUGUUUCAUUUGUGCUAGUUGUGUAAGACCGUAACGUUAGCUGAAACCGUAAAUAUUAGAUGUUUAGAAGAAUCACCCAUCAACAUUGAACUCAUCGAGGGGUCCCUCAACGUUGUUUUAUACUUUACUAAACAAAAGUAUUGUGUUGUGACCCAUUCGUAGUGUCACUUAGGACGGAGGGAAUGUGCAUCGCAUCAAACACACCAUAUAUAUUUUCAAGUCAGCGAAUUUUGCAAUUCAUUAUUUGUCAGGUCUAGUUAAGAAAUAAGUUCAAAUUGUGUAAUAAAUUUACUACUGUAAUAAUAUUAAUUGUUUGAGUGGAUAUAAAGAUAUAAAGAUGCUUUAGCGAAUCAUAA